AUGAUGAGGAUGAUGCGUGAUAGAAAGGUUCUUGUUGUUCUAGAUGAUGUGGAUUGUAUAGACCACCUUGUGGCGUUAGCCGCACACCGAGUGGAGUUCAUUUGUGAUGUCUCUCUGUUAUCGGAUGAGGAAUCAUUUUGCCUCUUCCAUCGGUAUGCAUUUGGGAGUGAGGUUCCAUCUCCAAGGUAUGAAGACCUAUCAAGAGAAGUUGUAUGCUAUGCUACUGGACUUCCCUUAACGAUCAAAGUUUUAGGUUCUUCUCUUUGUUGUAAAAAUGAGCUUGAAUGGAUAGAUUCCCUAGAACAACUAAAAACGAUUCCGUUAACAGAGACUUUGAAAAAAUUGGAAUUAAGCUAUAUCAGUCUCGACGAAGAUUACAAUGAAAUAUUCUUAGAUACUGCAUGCAACCUGAAAGGUUGGGAGAAAGACAAUGCAAUCAGAGCUCUUGAAAGUUGUGGAUUUCAUGCUAGAAUUGGUUUACGAGUUCUUGAGCAAAAUUCUCUCAUAACUAUUAUUUGUAAUUCUUACGGUGACGAGUUGGUUUACGAGUUCAUGGCAUGCAUGAUCAUGUUGUGGAAAUGGGUAGGAAUAUUGUUUGUCACUCAAACCCCGAUAAGCCUCAUAAACAUAGCCGAUUGUGGAAAAUCGAUGAAAUUGAAGAUAUAUUGGCUAAUGAUUUGGUCUUUACCCACAAGAUUUCAAGCAAAUAAUCUUGUUACACUGGAGAUGGAUGGCAGCAGAAUGGUACAACUUUGGGAAGGGGGACAAAGAAAGCUUACUCCAAAUCUCGAGACCUUGAAUCUUCAAGAAUGUAAGGAUUUGCUAGAAAUCCACAUGACUGCUGGAUGUUUAAAGCUCACAUCUGUUGACCUUGAAGGUUCAAGGUUGAGGACCAUUGACCUUGGGUUUGCUCCAAAUCUUGAACGGUUGAUUCUUGUUGAAUGCAACAAUUUGGAAAACUUCACUUUCCCGAUAAAUGCCUGA